AUGGAGCCGUUCGAAGACGAGAACCCUUUUGAGAUCGAGCCGGACCGAAUACACUCAGACUCAUCCUCCACUUCAAAAGUUACCCUGUCCGAGCCUUCGUCACCGUCUCCCGCUCCAGCUCGCGUGCUAGCUUCCCCUCCGACAUCACCGUCGCCAGAGAAGCGUCCCACGUUUCCUUCGUCGGGGUCUCACAGGCAGCCGCAGGCGUUCAAGAGCGAUUUCUGUUGCAUCCGGGACCAAUGGCUGCACUCAGGCGAAGAUGUGGAGGUGCUGAUCACAGAUGCACAGAAGACCACUCUCAACUCGUCGACACCGUACAUCACCUAUGUCAUACAAGCUGGGACUGCUAUAGCAUACCACCGAUAUUCGGAAUUUGAAUCCCUCAGAUCCAAUCUCGUCAAGCUGUAUCCGACACUCAUAAUACCUCCGAUACCCUCGAAGCAAACAAUAGGAGAUUAUGCCGUGAAGCAAGCCAAGGCGAAGGAGGACGCAGCCAUGAUCGCUCGACGUAAACGGAUGCUGCAGACAUUCCUCAACCGGAUUGCGCGGCAUCCCAUUCUCUCCAAUGAGCAUGUCUUCCAUAGGUUCCUGGAUGGGGAGGUCUCAUGGGCAGAGGUCUUGCACUCUCCUCCACUAUCAUUGCUGCCGAAGAACAUUCUCAAGGCACCUUCCCACAACCCUACGGAUCAGAAUGCCACCGCGGCGUAUGCUGCGCUACCAAACCCAUCUGCGGCGCAUCCCCUGCGACGACCAGACCAGCGUUUUAUAGACUCAGAAAGCUUCACCAACAAAUUCGCGGCCCACCUAAGUGGGCCGAUGGAGAAGGUGACUCGGCGAACUAUGAAGAGGUGGUCAGAGUCUGCUCAGGACCACGCGGAGCUCGGCGCGACACUCAAUGGUUUCAGUCUCAACGAGACGGGCCAGUUAUCAUCCGCUAUCGAGAAGACGGGACAAGCCAUCGACGCAACGUACAUGUCUACGACUACCUUAUUGCAAGAGUUCGAGCAAGAUUGGGCCGAGCCUUUGCAUGAAUACAGUCAAUUUGCCUCAAUUAUCAAGAAACUCCUUGUAUACCGCCAUCAGAAACAUGUUCAGUACGAGAUGACCCAAGAUACGCUCGAAGCGAAGCGUGAACAGCUCGAAGACCUGGAAAAGAGCGAGCGGGAAGCGCGGAGGCUGGAGGAGGCGCUGAGUCACGGGCGGGCGAGCAGGCUGGGUGCUUCUCAAAUACGCACGGUAGAGGGAGACACCGUGAAUGAAGCCGCCAACGAGGAGGGGCAACCACGUUCUGAAGAAAUCUCCUCAUCCUACUUACCUCCACAUCCGGGCCCCAAUCCGGUCAGACGGAGAGCACCAGGAAUGGGAUUCCUCAAUGCGUUGACUUACACACUCAGCGGAAUGAUGGAUGUAGAUCCAGAGACUGCGCGGCGGAAUUCCAUAACCAAGACAAGGGAGACUAUUUCUCAGUUGGAAGAUGCCCUGCAUCUAUCUGCGCAAGACCUGAAGUACUCGAGCUCGACAAUUCAGGCAGACCUAGACCGUUUCCAGCGGCAGAAGGUCGCCGACCUGCGGGAAAUGACCAUCAGCAUGGCGCGGAGCCAUCGGGAUUGGUGUAAGAAAAAUCUCGCAGCAUGGGAGGAAGCGAAGGCUGAGAUCGCCAAAAUUCCUGAGCAUCCCAACCGGCCGACGGAUGACGUUGUAAAUGGCAGCGGUGCAACAACAGGCCGAAGAGAUUCUACGGCCACGAUAAACGGGCGCUGA